AGCGCGCCGGCUCGAACGCGGCCGGCUACCGAGUCCUUUGUGAGGGCAGUGAGCUGCGCCUGACGGCGGCACCAUGAGCGGCUCAGGUGGGGCGCCCGCGGCGUCCGUCAGCUCUGCGCCGCCCGAGCAGGAAGAGGGCAUGACGUGGUGGUACCGCUGGCUGUGUCGCCUGUCUGGGGUGCUGGGGGCAGUCUCUUGCGCGAUCUCUGGCCUCUUCAACUGCAUCACCAUCCACCCUCUGAACAUCGCGGCCGGCGUGUGGAUGAUCAUGAAUGCCUUCAUCUUGUUGCUGUGCGAGGCGCCCUUCUGCUGCCAGUUCAUCGAGUUCGCAAACACAGUGGCGGAGAAGGUGGACCGGCUGCGCUCCUGGCAGAAGGCUGUCUUCUACUGCGGGAUGGCGGUUGUUCCCAUCAUCAUCAACCUGACCCUGACCACGCUGCUGGGCAACGCCAUUGCCUUUGCCACAGGGGUGCUGUAUGGACUCUCUGCUCUGGGCAAAAAAGCCAAGACUGAGGCUGGUUCCUUCUCAGCCCAGCAUCCCAGGAAGCCUGGGCCACUCUCAGAGGGGACAAGACAGGCCUUUGCCACCCCAGCAGUUGUCUCUGGGGAAAUGUCCCAGGGGGCGAUGCGAUCUCCUAUGCCAGGAUCCAGCAGCAGAGGCAGCAGGCAGAUGAGGAGAAGCUCGCAGAGACGCUGGAGGGGGAGCUGUGAAGGGCUGGGCGCCCCUCCCUCCCUGUCCCCUCUUCUGGCUCUGUGUGGGUCCAAGUGAGGCCUGGACUGUCCACGCCGAGGCACAGCCUAGAGAGGGGCCUUUGCACGUGCCCCUACAUCUGGAGUCCUCUGCUCCUUUUUCCAGACUGGCUUAAGCCAGGAGCCACUGGCUGCUGGUGUGAGGGUCUCGGCUGCUGGAGUUGAGGCAGAGCCUGCAGCAGCUGUGUAGACACCACCCGGCCCUGCUUCUCCGCUGGGUGGGUCUGCAGACCUCACACCACAGACAGGGCUGCCAGUGACCUGCUGUGACCUGGGAGCAGCUUCCCCUGGAGAUGCUGGUCCUGGCUUGAAGGGAGGGGUAUCAAGUGGGACCCUGCCACCUGGGCACUGAGCAGAGGGACCUCCCCCAGCUCUUUCGGCAGGUGGAGCCCCAGGGCCUGGGACAGCCUGCCGCUGCCAGCAACCUCCCACUGCUGCCUAGGGUGCAGCUCCCACUGUCACCCUGCCUUCUGAAGAAGCCCAUAGGGCUCCUAAGGUGCACCCCGGUACCUGGAACUGCAGCCUUGGCAGUGACUGGACAGCUGGGUGGGGGAUGUUCCCUGCCAGCCCCGGGAACCUUGGACAGGCCACCUCAAGGCCCCUUGGCUGCUCCCUCCCUAGGUUCUGCCCAUCACCCCCUGCCCCUGCUGGCCUUGGUGCUAAGGAAGUGGGGAGAGCAGGCUCUCCCUGGCACCCCUGAGGGUGCCCACCCUCUCCCUGGUGUGGCCCUGUCCCGUCAGCCACAGCCCAGCCCCAUUAGUGGGUUAGUGGGUCUGACCUCAGCCCCACUCAGGUGCUCCUGCUGGCCUGCCCAAGCCCUGCCCUCAGGGAGCUUCUGCCAUUUAAGAACUGGGCAGAGGCCACAGUCACCUCCUCACACAGAGCUGUCCCCGCUGCCCUGGGUGCCAGGCCGUCUGGAGCCAGGCCUACCCAGGGAGGAUGCAGAGAGCUGGUGCCCAGGAUGUGCAUCCCCAUAUUCCCUCUACCCCGUGGCCUCAGCCCGCUGGCCUCUCUGACCGUGAGGCUGGCUCUCAGCCAUCGGGCAGGUGCCUGGUCGGGCCUGGCUUAGCCCAGGUGGGGCUUGGCAGAAGUGGGCGGGUGUGGAAGAUACUCCAUCUGGGGCCCACCCCAGGCUGGGCCUGCGCUGAGCUUCUGGAGCACAGGUACUGCGUCUUGCUAAGUGAACUGUUUCCCAGGAACACCUCUCGGGCCCAUCUGCAUCUGAGGCCGGGAGUGGCAGGCUAGUGGGCUGGGCGUGGGGUUCUCUGGGCCCUGUCCAGUACUGCCCUGCGGACUUAGUGGGCUCCUGGGUCAGCAGCACCACACCCCUGGGAGUCUGGCCAGCUGAGCCCCAGGGUGGCAGGGGCAUUAUAGCCUGGUGGACAUGUGCCUUCAGGGUUCCUCCAGGGCCACCUUCCUCAGGCCAGUGCUGGGUUCAAAGGGCUGUGUGUGUGUGUGUGUAUAUGUGUGUGCGUGCACACAUCUGUCCCACGUAUGCGGUGAGACCUAUCUACCUCCCACAAGGAGCAAGGGCUCUGCCCACCCUCUGCUCAUUCCUACCCAGGUAGUGGGACCCCGGGCCCCCUUCUGCCUGGCCUGCCUGCUGCUGCCUCUGCCAGAGGGGCCUCACAGCCAGAGACAGCAGGAGAAGGGUUGGCUGUGGAUCAAGGAAGGCUGCCCCUGUGCCCUGUGGGGAAAUGGGGGGUGCAUGGCUGGAUGCAGAGGUGGAAGGCCCUUGGCCACAGGCGAGAGCAGGCGGGUCACCUGUCCCAGGUUCCCAGCAAGUCUGCAGCUGUGCAGUCCUGGGGUCCCUGACCCUGUGGCCCAGGGGGGUGCGCUGUCCAGCAGGGGCCCUGCCUUGCAAGGAAUGUCUCUUCCGGCAGCCGGGCCACUCCUGCCUGAUCUGGGCUAUGUGUGGCGCCCUUUCCUCCUUGUCUGUUCCUCUGUGUUCUGUGUGCGUCUUCAGCAAUAAAGCGCGGCCAUGGCUCGCGUGCCUGCC